GCAGCUCUCACACACACACACCCCCCCACUCACAGGGACAGAGUGUGUCCUCUGAGGUGGGACAUGGUGCCAUCAGUGCCACUGCUCUAGAUCCGGUCGGAGCAGGUCGGAGAGGGAAGGGAUUAGGAUUUAUAGACUUUCUGAGUCCAGCAACAUGCCGAGGUCCUUCCUGGUGAAGAGCAAAAGGGCCCACAGUUACCACCAGCCCCGCUGGCCGGACGAUGACUGCGCCACGCUGGACACUAUUCUGGCACAAGUGUGCGCAGCAGGGAGCAGAAGUCAGGGGGAGUUUGAAUCCAAGCUGGAGGCUGAGGAGAACAUGAGCUCCGGCGCUGACAGAGACUCCCCCGGAUCCAGCCGGAGGUCCCGGGGGUCGCUGUCCUCCAGCUCCCCGCUGAGCUCCGACUGUGAUUUCUGGCGUCCGCCGUCUCCGUCCUCCUCACCAGACUCUGAGAAAUGUCCCACACCCGCAGCGGAGGAGGCCCCCUUCCACAUCCCGCUCCUUCCUUACACCUGGUCGGCUUACAGCGGCUCAGAUCUGCGGCAUCUUGUCCAGGGGCCUCACCAGAGACAGCGGCACCUCAGGGGCCACGGGGGGUCCCACCCACCCGCAGCGGGCAGGCCUGUCUACGGGUCGGAGCUCGGCGGCGGCGGCGGAGAGCGCGUUUACGCGCAGCGGGGCCUCGGCGGUGUGAGCAGGUGUUACCAGGAGUAUCCACCGUGCGCAAACCGCGGGAUCUUCAGGGUGCGGGACGGCGGGGAGCUUUACGCGGGGGCCAAGCAGAAGGAGAUCAAAUCUGAGGAGGAUUUUAUUCUCUCUAAUCUGGAGGAACAUGGAUCCUAUAAGUGCAUCAAAUGCUGCAAGGUUUUUUCCACACCCCACGGCCUGGAGGUUCACGUGCGGCGCUCCCACAGCGGGACCAGGCCGUUUGAAUGCGGGAUCUGCGGGAAAACCUUCGGGCACGCAGUGAGCCUGGAUCAGCACCGAGCGGUUCAUUCACAGGAAAGGAGCUUUAGCUGCAAAAUCUGCGGGAAGAGCUUCAAGCGUUCCUCCACGCUCUCCACACACCUGCUCAUCCACUCGGACACGCGACCCUAUCCCUGCCAAUACUGCGGGAAGAGGUUCCACCAGAAGUCCGACAUGAAAAAACACACCUUCAUCCACACAGGGGAGAAGCCGCACAAAUGCCAGGUGUGUGGGAAGGCGUUCAGUCAGAGCUCCAACCUGAUCACUCACAGCCGGAAGCACACGGGCUUCAAGCCGUUCGGCUGCGACCUGUGCGGGAAAGGCUUCCAAAGGAAGGUGGACCUGAGGCGGCACAAGGAGACGCAGCACGGACUCAAAUAAGCAGAUCUGGUUGAAUCAAGCCCUUUCACUAAACAUGGGCCAGUCUUUUUGUUUUCUGCAUUGAUCUGCUGUUUUUUUUUCCUCACUAUUUAACUAUUUAUCAUUGGUUUUUACUUUAUAAUGAGGAACUUGAAUGAUAAAUUUCCAAGAUUGAAUAUUUGUAUCAGCUGUAUGAAUUUCCUGUUAUUUGUUAUACAA